CUCCAAUGCCCGUCCCUGAUGUGUACGAGCACCCUGACGAGGAGGAGCUCCUUUGUGUGGAGUGUGCCAGUCCACCAGCUUCACUGCUAUAGGGACUACUAUGUGCAGAAAGUUGAGGAAGAGCAGUCACGUGAGGAGGAGUCGGAGGAGACGGCUGAACAGGAACAGGGUGAAUAUGAAGAGAUGGCAGACGAGGGUCUUGGCAUGUCUUCAGAGUCAGAGGAGGAUCCUAUGCACAGCAUCUGUAGCAAGCAUGCUGUCCUCACCCAGGAAGAACAGGUGGAGGAGGAGGAUAGUCCUGUUUUGCAAGAUGUGCUCAUGAGCCAGAGACAUCUGCAUCUGCCAGGAAUAGAGGAAGUGAAGGCACUGGCCUUGCUGCUUCUAGAACUGGCAGACAACAGCGACCUCCACCUAGUGCCAGUGGACCUCAGGCAGAAGAUUGCCACCGCCGCCAGCUCUCUUCAAGAGCACGACAAGACCACCAACCAAUCUCAUCCUUGGCGGUCUCGCCAUUCCUCUGCCCAUCAUGAACUCCCAAGUCCAUCUCGACCUUCACUGCAAAGGAGGAGAAAAAGGCCAACUACAGGGCAACAGUAAUGCCAAAAGUAACGCCUCACCU